AAAAAAUUAGGAAUUUUAAAUCCCCAAUAUACCCGACCGACAUCCCUCUCCUCUCAAAUCCCCAAUUUAUUGCUAGCGACUGAAUUCUCGCCUCCGUUGCUGUUCUUCCGACGACCUGCCACCGCUCACCAUCAAAAUGUUCAAGAACACAUUCCAGUCUGGAUUUCUUUCCAUAUUAUACAGCCUUGGGAGCAAACCUUUGCAGAUAUGGGAUAAAGAAGUUGUGAAUGGCCAUAUUAAGCGACCACAAGAUGAAGACAUACAAUCCAAUGUGCUGGAAAUAAUUGGAUCCAAUAUUCAGUCCACAUUCAUUACGUGCCCAGCUGACCCAGCUGCCACACUUGGUAUAAAACUUCCGUUCUUGGUUAUGAUCGUCAAGAAUCUAAAAAAGUACUUCACAUUUGAGAUUCAAGUUUUGGAUGAUAAGAAUGUCAGACGACGAUUUCGAGCUUCUAAUUUCCAAGGUGUCACUCGAGUAAAGCCUUACAUUUGCACUAUGCCACUGAGAAUGGAUGAUGGUUGGAAUCAAAUCCAGUUUAACCUAGCUGAUUUUACCAAGAGAGCAUAUGGUACUAAUUAUGUGGAGACGCUGCGAGUUCAGGUCCACGCAAACUGUCGCUUGAGAAGGAUAUACUUCUCUGACCGUCUCUACUCUGAAGAGGAACUUCCACCAGAGUUCAAAUUGUACCUUCCAAUGCAGAAAUCAUGAAAAUGUCAUGGGAGGAUGGAAUUAACGCCACAAGAUGGUUGGAUGUUAUGUGUAGUUCUGCAUCGGCUUCAUUGCACUAAAAACUGUAUCUCUGUUAUGCUAGAACAAGAACUUUUUGCAACUGAAAACUGUAUCUCUGUUAUGCUAGAACAAGAACUUUUUGCAACUGCUCUAUUUUCGUUAUAGGAUGUUCUGAUUAUAUGUAAUAUUUAACUCAACUAUAUUGAUGAAUCUGUGCUUUUAUUUUGUAUAUUACAAAGAAAGUGGGUUGAUAUGUUUUGAAUUGGUGCCCUAAACGAUUUUUUAUCUUUAAUAUGAAAAAACAAAGUUCAA